AAGCAAAUUCCUAAGAUAAUAAAAUGUGAGGCUGGAUGAACACAGCAGGCCAAGGAGCAUCUCAGGAGCACAAAAGCUGACGUUUCGGGCCUAGACCCUUCAUCAGAAAUUCCUAAGACAGGCGAACUACAACUCCCAUAGAGUAUAGCGCAAAGCGCGUCUGCGCUAUACAGGGAUAGGUCGGCUCCCCAAGUCAACCGUUAGGGGUGGGGUCCUACGGCCAAGAGGUGGAGGCGACGAAUCAGCCAUUAACUGGCAGGUGGACCUCUUAGAAGUAAAGCUUUCGUGACAAUCAAUGCGGAACCUGACUGCGCUGGCGGCGGCCUGUUUUUGUGUCCUCGCCAUUAUUAUCGCUUUCGGACUGAAGCCUGGCCGAAGUCCCGGUGGCCUGCUUCACUUUCGAGAGUGGACAACAGAUCAGUUCGAUAUUGUGAUAGGUAUACUGUCAGCUCGACACCACUAUGAGUUACGCAAUGCCCUCAGAAAUACCUGGCUGGGGCAUCUACAGCAUCUAAACCAGCGUGUCCUUGCAAAGUUUAUAAUUGGUACUUUUGGCUGUGACAUUCCUGAUGAGGACAGAGAGGAUCCCUAUUCCUGUCAGCUGCUCAACUUUACAAAUCCAGUUAUAGGCCAGGAAGUUGAAGCUGUCAGUCUGUUUGGAACUACUGCUUCAACAUUGCUGGGGAGCAAGGUUUCAAAGAUUGACUUCCGAGUUCUCCAUCCCAUCAUUAUUACAAGACUUGGGGUAUUCCAUGAUCAGAGAGGAACAGGUUUUCAUCAGAAUCUCACUGUCCGACUCUACCAAACCACAUUGGAGGAGGUGAUUGCCAGUGCCCGCUUCAGUCCACUCAGCUCUGGAGUACAAGUGAACCAACUGUGGUAUAAACCAGUGGAAAGAUUCCUUUUACCUAAGGGCUUUGAAGGCACCAUUGCCUGGGAGUGCCAAGACUCUGAAUACCUCGUUACCACAAACCUCACUGAUGUUGUGCUUGACAGUGGAGGAGGUGUUCUCAGAUUCUCUGCAGCUCAGCUUCAGGCAGAGAAGCAGGUGAUCCAGGAUGGAUUUGGACAGAAUGUGGCUGCAGUGGCUGGGGGCUUUACCUACACCAUCCAUGAUGGUGCUACUCUCCUGGAAAGCCUCGCCACUAGGCCCAAGCGCCUUCAAAACCACAAAAAUAAACUCAGGGAAGAAGAUGCUAACUUACAAAAAGAAAGCCAAACCUACCAGGAUAUUGUUUUUGUGGAUGUGAUAGACACAUACAGAAAUGUGCCGCACAAGCUGCUACAGUUUUAUCAGUGGUCUGUGGAGUCAUCGAGCUUCAAGCUCCUAUUAAAAACGGAUGAUGACUGUUAUGUCGAUGUGGAGGCGGUACUAGAGAGAGCAGGAGAGAGACUGGGAGCUACGAAUGUGUGGUGGGGAAAUUUCAGGCAGAAUUGGGCAGUGGAUGGUAGCGGGAAGUGGAUGGAGCUAGAGUACCCAAGUCUGGUCUAUCCGGAUUUUGCAUGUGGUUCUGGUUAUGUCGUCUCUCACAACUUAAUUCAGUGGCUAGCAGAGAACGCCAACACACUAAAAGUCUAUCAGGGUGAAGACGUCAGCAUGGGCAUUUGGAUGGCUGCAGUUGGACCACAACGACAUCAGGAUCCUCGCUGGCUGUGUGAAAAAAAGUGUCUACACGGUGCUCUAUCAUCCCCACAGUACUCUCCAAAGGAGUUGCUUGAGUUGUGGAAGAACAAGGAGGAGUGUGGAAACCCCUGCCACUGUCAAAAAUGAGAUUGCCAGUGAAUUUUCAGCAAGUCACAGCAAAUGUCAAAAAUCUUUUUGGCUCGGGUAAUCUUCAUUGUGAGUCAGCACAUCACAUUUUACUUCACUUGUCCAUCUACAGUCUGUCCUUUAAUGAAAGAUGAGGAAUCAAUCUUGAUAAACUGGCUAACAGUUGAACUGAAACUGUGUUCAUAAAAGGAGCCAUCUAUCUUAUCUUCCAACUCCACUAGCCCCAUGGGUUUUUAACUGUUACUGAGCUCGCACCAUUUUCAGGUUGAUUCUGAACUGGCACUGUAUCAUCAGUGUCAUCGGCUGUACACAGCCUUCCUGAGUGUUUCAACACAAGACGUUAACAGAAGAUCAAUCAAACAAAAGGUAGAAAAACCUACAUAUUUUUGUAAGUGAGGGAAAAUGUUUUCCAAAUCAUUUUCUAUCCUCCCACCACACCAAACUACACCACAUUAAUUAGAAUCAAGAAAAGGAACAGAAAAUAAAUGAUACUUCAAGAGGUAAGGAGUGGAAAAUGUUUUAAGCAAUAAAUGUAGUGAACUGGAUAAAGUACAAAACAGAAAGGAGUUAAUGGGUGUACACCCAAAUUGAUGGUAUUCCUCAGGGGCCUUAGUUUUUUUGUAUUGUGGUUACCAAUGACAUAAAUGAAAAGAGACUCAGAUAUUCAAGUAUGCUGAUAACAUUAAAUUAGGUAGCAGAGCUCGGUAGUGUAGAAUGCACCCCAUUUGUAACUUUAAGAUUGCAGUUUGGAAAAACUGGCAGAUGGGAGCUCAUGGUGGGCAAGUGAUGAAAAAGGCAAAUAGGUGGUAAUGGUGAUAGGUUCGGAAGGUACUGCCAAAGAAAUUUCAAAUUCCUGCAAUGCGAUUUGUAGAUUUCAUCGCUACUGCCACUGUGGUGAAGUGAGUGAAUACUGGUUGUGGAUGUGGUGGCAAUCAAAUGCCUCCUUAGUACUGGAUUAUGUCAAGCUUCGGUAUUGUUGGAGCUGCAAUUAUCAAUGUAAGUAGGGAAUAUUCCAUCAUACUUCCAAGAUGUGUCUUUUAGAUGGUCGGCAUGUAGUGGGGAAUCAAGAUAUGAAUUAAUCACCACAAAAUUCCUAGCUUCUGAUCUCUGUAUUUAGUCAAACUUGAUUGAUUGAAUUUUUUGAGAACAUGCCAAAAAGACUGAAAACAGUGAUAGAUGUUGUCUACAUAGACUUUUGAAGGCCUUUACUAUAUAGUCUACUAUGUGGAAUGUUGUCAGAUCACAUGGAAUUCAGGGAGAGUUUGCCAAUUGAAUACAAAAUUGGCUUGCCGAUAGGAGACAGGGGGUGGUGGAGAGUUGUUUUUUGGACUGGAGCCUGUGACCCAGUGGUGUUCCGCAGGGAUUGGUGCUGGGUCUACUGUUGUUUGUCAUUUAUAUAAACAAUUCAGAUGAGAAUUUAGGAGGCAUGGUUAGUAAGUUUGUAGAUGACACCAAAACUGACAUUAUAGUCAGCUGUGAAGGUUUUCUGAGGUUACGAAGGGGUCUUGAUCAAUUGGGCCUAUUGGCUGAGGAGUGGCAGAUGGAGUUUAAUUUGGAUAAUUAUGAGGUAUUGCAUUUGGUAAAACAAACAAGGGCAGGACUUAUUCAGUUAAUCGUAGGGCUCUGGGUAGUGGUCCACAACAGACAGACCUAGUGGUUCAGGUAUAUAGUUCUUUGAAAGUUGUAUCACAGGUAGACAGGGUGGUUAAGAAAGUGUUUAACAUGUUUGCUUUCAAUGUUCAGACCUUUGAGUACUGGAGUCGAAACACCAUGUUGUGGUCAUAUAGGAUGUUGGUGAAGCCACUUUGAGUACUCUGUACAGUUUUGGUCGCCCUGCUACAGGAAGGAUAUUAUUAAAUUGGAGAGUGUUCAGAAAAGAUUUAGAUGUUGCUGUGACUGCAGGGUUUGAAUUAUAAGGAUUGGCUGGGGCUUUUUUUUCACCGAAGUGACGGAGGUUGGGGAGUGACCUUUAAAGAGGUUUAUAAAAUCAUGAGAGGCAUUGAUAAGGUGAAUAGCGAGGGUCUUUCCCCCUUGGUGGUAUGUUUUUAAGGUGACAGAAGAAAGAUUUAGAAAGGACAUGACUGUUUUUAAAACAGAGAAUGGUUCAUACGUGGAAUGAUCUGGCAGAGGAAGUGGUAGAUGCAGGUACAGACACAACAUUUUUAAAAGACAUUUGGAUAGGUACAGGGAUAGGAAGGGUUUAAGAGGGAUAUGGACCAUUGCAGUCAAGUGGGACAAGUUUAGUUUGGAAAAUUUGGGAGUUGGACCAAAGGGUCUGUUUCCGUGCUUUAUGACUGUAUGGGUUUAACUCAAGUAGCUAAUUAGUGAACCAGGUACCAUGUUGACAGGCAACUGAGAUUGGGACAGCUAACCCUUGCUGAAAGGGUCUGGAUGUUUACGUAGUACGUAGGAUAGUUCAGAAGUGAUCUUAUUGAAGAUUUAGAAUCUUCUUGGGAAAUAUUAAAGUUAAAUAUUAGCACAAGUCAAUAGGAGAAAAAAUUUAAGCUAAGACAAAAAGUGCCUACAAAAUUAAAAUUAACGUUUACCAGUUUCAUGCUGUGAGUGGUAAUAUAUAAUAAUGUUCCCAACUAUGAGGGGAAGAGCAGGAUGCUGGUGGCAGAAGCUGUUGUAAAUCAUGUUUGUUGGGAAGUGGGUCAGAGGCUGGAUAGUCCAUCAAGACGAUGAUCAACCACCUUGCUACAGAUUAUCAUACAAACACAACCAUUAAACAUGCAAUAGGACUGCUUUUGUCCGAUGUAAAUUGGGCACUAAGUAAAACCAGCCCUCAAUGCAAUGCCACCGAAUUACAGUUCCUGAACAGUAACACUAAAUAAAGGAAUGAAAACAUGACAGCAGCAAAAACCUUUUAUUAUAUUUGCAUAGGUUCCUCAUACAAAUAUGCAACAAUGUCAAAUGUAAUCCGAACUCUUGUAAUCCACAACUUUUUACAUAAAACACCUUUAAAGAUGUAGGAGACUCUACUUUCCAGACAGAAAGCUUUAAAUGAGAGUAAUAUUCUACACAUUCUGAGAUAUUAUGAACCCUGGAGGUGACAUACUCAAAAUGGUGGAAUCUGCAAAGACAGAAGUUAAUGUUUCUGAUCCAACUAACCUACCUUGGAGUUUAGGCCACACGUACUUAGUUUAUAAGGUCUGAGGCAACAGGCAUGCUACAAAAAGGGACAGGGGUAGGAAGAUCAGUUUUCAACUGUCACUUUUACUGUUUCAAGAUGUAAAUAGUUUAUUGGUUUUAUUUUUCAAUCUUUCAAAUGUCUGUCUCAACAUCACACAAGGAAAUUGAGAAGCAUAGUACAGCCCAGCCUCUGGUGACAUAUUCUACUGUUAGGAAACACUCUUAACAGUUCAUACAAAACUCCAGCACGUUCCCACAUUACAACAACCCUCAAAAGUGAACUGUCGUCUAGUCUCUAUUCAAGGGCAAAGUCUAGAAUUGGAUUAUGUGGUCACAUUGUAGGUGUGGAUAUAUAGAUGUUAAAAAAAACUAAUACUAGUCUAUUUAAUUAACUUAAAACAAUGCAGGAUAUAUACAAUGUAAAAAUUAUACUUUAUGGCAGGAAUGACCAUAAACUGAAAUAUGCAUUAUUCCCAACAGCUUCCACUUUCUGAUAGAGUGCUAUUUGAUGCAGGAUUUAUAAAUAUAUCUUCCCCAAUAAUACGUAGAACAUUAUUCUCUUUUUAAAGCUUUAUCACUCCUUCAACAUUUUCCUCUGCUCUGUGCAAUAUAGCUGGGAGGACAAGAUGCUUUCAGCAUGAGUCCAUUCUACAGUCACUACCAAGACAGUUCCAGUUUAAGCACUACAGGUUCAUAUUGUAGGGGCAAGGAGGAAUUUUGGGUGUGUAAGUGUAUUCAGCUAAGAAUUAUCUAAACUCAUGUACAGAAGGUAGCUGGAGUUAAAAUGCUUAUUAAGCGUAUGAAUCAGAGUCCGAUCCAUUAACAUUAAGGCCAAAUGCCAGAACUACCAAAAGACACAACGUUGAACCUUUCAAAUCAUUUCAAAUUAUAGUGGUUUGGAACCAUUACUGUACAAACAUUGCUGGAGUAUGAGGUUAACCACUGAAAGAGUGCAUUAGAAUAAUCAGUAAAUAUUUGGUGCCAUCGCUAAAUAGAACAUGUUAAUUUUAGAACUGUUAUAAACCACAUCUUCCAGACGGUUUAUCCUGUAACGAUAAAUCUUAUUUUUUUUACCAAAAACAAUUAAAUACAAAGUUGAGAGUUUUGAUACAGGUGCAAAUUAUAAUGUGGACAUUGUAAACUCCAUAUCACAUUCUGUAGCUUCAAGGCUGGCACAAAACGAAAUCGCUGUCCACUGACAGGCAACUAGCCAGCAUUAUUUUAAGUUCAGACAUAAAGAAGUAAUGCCUCCAAAGUUGCAUGUAUGGGAUCACAUUCUUGAAUAGUGCUGGGACCGUGUUAAAAAUACCUUCACUCAAGGUUCUGUGUUACGGUUCCUUUCCUUUAUAUAUAACCUGCUAAGUCAAUGCAGCUACCAUCGCACUAAUAUGCAGUCUCCACUUUCUAUGGAGUAGUAUGAAAGAGGCUUUAGGUCAUUAUCCAUAUCUAUUUCCAUGUCCAUCUAAGAAAAAAAAAGUUAAAAGAUUAGUUGUAGAAUUAUUAAUUACAGAAUAUACCACAUAUACUUGUGUAAAGUCAAUUCCUGAGAUCAAAUUUUCACUCAAAAAGUAGAUAGUUGACUUAAUAGUUUAAUAUUUUUGAGGGAUUAAAAUCCAGCUUCUGCUAUUGUCUCACUACCCAACUCUUUAUGGCAGUACAUCAGUCGGAUGUUCCCAGGUCAAAAACUGUUCUCACCAAUCGACCCUCAAAAAGAGCUAGAAAAUAUUUUUAUUAUUCUGCACAGACAUAAGGAGCUGAACAGUCAUCUUUGAAUGAGCAGGUUUGGACAAGGGCCAGUUUGAAUUCAAUUGGCAAGUGGUGAUGAGUAGAAGAAUUGGAUUUUUCAGGGAUUGACUUUUAGAAAACAUCAACAAUUACUUGAGUUUAUACAGUAUACUGAUCUUUAUUAAAAGAACAAUGUACCCUCAUUGAGUUCUCAUCGAGAAUUCAGUUUAUUUCUUCAAUAAUAAUCUUCAACUUUCUAUUGCUGUAUGAUUGCCAGAAUCUAUAAUGUUUAAAAGUGAAAUACAAAAAAUAUUUUAUACCAGUAUUGCAAAGUGUUGCUUCAGUCUUGACAUUGCCUAAAUGAGGCAUAUUAAAGCAAUCCUGUUCCUGGUUAAGAAUCUGGCUGCUACUGCUGCAUUGGUAGAGACCGCUCAAUCAUCCCCACCUUUUCCUUAACGAUCAGCUCUCCACUAUCUUCAUCUACAAACAAUAUUGUCUAGUGGGUAAGCCACUAGAUAGGAACUGGGUGGCAGUUUGCAAAAAUACUGCAGUGUGUGUGAGCAUAAUACUUCACAAUACUGUACAGCAGCUCUUUCACAAUGGAGGCCUUCACUCCAAGUAACCUAUGGCUGCAUAGUCACAGUUUAGAUUUUACAGGCUGGAAACGGACAAUUACAAGGUCAAUGUAAAACAAAAUUGUGUGGUGUCCAGUUGUGAUGCCAAUUACACUACUUGAAUGAUUUUGCUCUGCCUCCCAAGUUGCAUUUUACUCCUGAGUUACAAGUUUAUUCUCUUCUACUUCCUUCUAAAUAUAAGCUACAAGAACUGCAAAGUGCUGAAAAGGCAUAGAACUGCCCUACUUGUGACACUGAGUGAAUAGAGACAAGAACUGUCCCUUUCCUAACCCAGUCUGUUUGAGAACCUGUUUGAAAUCAACUACUUUGGCAAAUUCCCAAAAUCAAUUCCUGCCCUUGAAUGGCUCAACAAAUCAGAGUGAUAUCAUUCUACGAUGGAUCAAUUUUUGAUGUUCAUCUUACUCAUUAUGAGUUUGAGUUUCAUUGUAAAUCAGAUUAUGAUUAAAACAACAGUGAAAUACGCUGACAUUUUAACAUGGCAUGUCUCACCUUUGAGCUGAUGUACGUCAACUUUAGUUCUGUACCCGGAACUUUGAGCAAUCGAUGGAGCAGCCCCCUCACUUUCUGAAUGGUCAUGGAGUCUACAUCAGCCAGUAGAACACAAAGUUCAGUUUAUUAGCAAAUGGUUCCAAAGCUUUAGACUCUAAGGCUUAGAGUCAAUAACAGCUUAGACUUAAACAGACGUACAAUGUUGUAUAAGUUCUAAAGUGCUUCACAGAGCAACAAACUGAUAAAUUUUGGUUUAAGAAAUAUUAGGACAGAACUUGAUCAAAGAGGUAGAUUUUAGGAAUGCAUUAAAUUAAGACAGUACUAUUGAGAUAUUUAGAGAGAAGAUUCCAAUGCUUAGGACCUUAAAUAGCUAGAGCCAAGAACACCACUGAUGCAACAAUUAAAAUUGUGGAUGGAGAAGAGGUUGAAAUUGAAGCAAUUCAAAUAUCAUUGUCAAUGAUAGGACAGGAGGAGAUUAGAACUUGAGAGAGGGUUGUAGGGCUGGAUGAAGUUAUGUAGAGGGGGAAGGUUGUAGGGGCUGGAUGAAAUUACAGACAGAUGAAGAGUUAUAGGUGCCAGAGGGGGGUACAGUGACAGAGGGUUUAUGGUCUGAAGGAAGUAAGAAAGAGGGAGGGAAGGCUGUAUGGCCUACAGGAAGUUAGGGAGAGAUGUAGGUUUUGGAGGAGGUUAGAGUGAGGGAUGCUUGAGGGGCUCAAGGGGUUAUGGAAGGAGGGUUGUAACAGUUGGAGGAGAUUAGACAGAGUGGCAAGGCUGUAGGAAGUUACAGAUGAGAGUAAAAAAAUGGCACAUUGUAAGGAGGUGUAAUUAGUUUGCUUUUAUUUUGGCAUGGUAGAUUAGAAAUUUAUUUCUCACCUGGCAGUUUCUUCUCUAACAGUUUUUGAUCUGGGCUGUCUGGACACCUAAUAGUCAAAGCUGUUGAGGCAAAUUAAUAAACAAUUUUCUUGAAUCUGUCUUACCACUCACUUCACCUGUUUCCUCUUUGAGGGCUACACUGAGCACAAGAAAGAAACAAGUUCCUAAAAUGCUUUCACUUCAGUCAGGUGGAACUUUUUCUUCCCAGAACAAAACAAAAUCUAGUUUUUCUGGAUUUU